GCAUGCUAUCUUUAAUGGAAACCGCAAGUGCCGUGCCGAAUGAUUGCGAUGAGGCAGGGGAGUGCGGUGAAGGAUGUGGUAUACAACAGCGGUUCUUCAGAAUGACAAGACUAGCAUUAGCCUUAGCCAUUAUUGGCUGUAAACCCCCUGGAACAAGUGGGAAAGAGCAUGCUGAAUAUUUGGCUGCAUGUCUGCAAUGUAAAAAUGAAAACUGGAAAGAAAAAGCUCAACUCUUAGAGGCUGAGGUGUUCCGACUGCAGCAAGAACUUUUACUUGUAAAAGAGGUUGGUACCAUGGAGAAUAUUUCAGAAGAUCUAAGAAGUUCUCUAAACCAAGCAGUUCAACAUGAAGAUUACUAUGGCUAUGAGACAUACAAUGAACAAAAUCCAGGAAUUCUGCUGCAGUGUAAAGAAAAUUCAGAUAUUGCUGGAUAUAAAACUUAUUCAUCAGGAAAUUAUUGGGCUCUUACAAAGAAAAGAAUUAAUCCUCAUAUAAGUUUUUUUCAGAAUCUGGUUGGUCUCAGAAAAUUAAAAGAAUAUGGAAAUAUAACUAAUCCUCUUUAUUCUUACAGUGAGUGCUCCUUAAUAACUGAUUCUGUCAUACAGUUACUAGAUGGAUUACUUAGAUACUGUAAAACCUUAAAAUUUCCAUUUUCUUCUAAAUUACUUAAUGAAGCUGUGGUAGCCUUGUCCGGUGUAAUGGAACAUGGCAACGCUUCGAAUGUUGUGGUGUUUCAGAAAACUGAAAAAUUCCUGAAAGACUUUGCAAAGUUAAUUCUUGAUAAUGGAGAGCUUAUGAGGGUAAGUAAGGUUACAGAAAUGUAUCUUUAAUUCAUUAUAAAAUGUUCAGCAAUGCAUAUGCAACAUUUUGUUCAAAUGCUUGAUAAGUAGCUGUUAAGCAAAUGUUUCAGAAACUUGUUUAACAGUAAUGUAAAGUAACCAAUUGCAUAUUUUCUUCAGGGUCCGUUUAAUGUUAAACUUAAUUUUUUUGUGUGAGAUUUUGAACUUGACUUGGCAAUUUCUUUCAUAGAAUGACAUUUUUUUUUGUAAUCUAUCCACAAUAUGAAUAGAUAUGACUGUACUGCAGACAUUUUCAUAAAGCAAAUAUUAGAGUUUUAAUUCUGCACUGAAAGUCCAACAACCCUUUUAUAUCUGUACAGUAUUGGGAUUCCAAGAAAAAUAAGCUUUAAUUGAGAGCUGCAUUAAUGAUGUUAUAAA